UUUCCUCAUCAUGGCCAUUUGCAUCUCAGCUACAGCAAGCCUGUCAUGUCUUCUCUUUCCUGACGCUUCUUUCGCAGAUAGAAAAUGGUUCCAAUGGAGGUAUUGAAUGAGGUCCAAACAGUUCCAGAACCCAGUCCAGAAAGUGUGAGCCUGAAGGUUCUAGAUCCCAGCCCAGACAAUGAAAGAACCAUUCACGGUUUCGCCCACACCAUGGCUGAAGACAUAAUAUACUCAGCUACAUAUGAGUCCUCAUCCGGGUGUCCUCCAGUCCAGGAGAGACUGGCUGAGAAGUUAGCCUCUCUGGCCAUCACAGCUGCCUUGAAGGAAGCAAUUAGAAGUGAGAUCUUUUGGUCUAAUACAAGAUCUUGGUCAUUUUCCAACCCCAGCCCAUCCUCAGAUAGAAGGGAGCAGGGACUACACAAUACAAGACAUGGGGAGGUUCAUAUGCACACAGAGAUGAGUGGCAAUGGUGAGAAACCUCAAUAUAACCCCAAUGUGACCAUCAAGUCCCACAGCUCUGGAUCAUCCACCUCCACUUCACAACCCUCCAAACACACCCACUCCUACUGCUCCAUCUUACCCCAGUCGGGGCUUCCUACAGUGGGAUCACUGGACUACCCAGAUGCCCCUCCAACCACCCCUCUUUUCCCAGAGAUGGUCCAGAGCAGGUCUAGCUUUACCCAAAAACUAAAGGGGGGUUUGGCUAAAGAGUUCCUCCCCUCUCCCCCUCCCCCUACCCCUAAGGAAAAGCACAGAGAGGGGGGGCUCGCAUUGGAGACUGUGGGGGAGGUCGAGGACACCCGGGAGGGGGAGGAUUUCAUUGGGCGUCUGUUGAGCUCUCUUUCUCUGGAGUGUUCUGAGAGAGAGGAAGUUUGGAAAGAAGAGGAAGAGUUUGAUUUACCAACAGGUAUUUUGAUGGACGGUUAUGAAGAGCGAGGACCCAACGGAAGGAGAGCCAAGCUGAUGGCAUAUGUGGAUGCACUAUAUGUGGAUGCACUCUCUGAUGAGAUCACCACCUGGAUGACAAAUAACAUGACAAAUAUUGACGGCCUCUCUCUGAUAUGUGAUCAAAUGGUUGAUCAAAUCAUCACAUCCUCCAUGAGUGAGGUGAGGCUGAGGAAGUACGUUGGAAGGCUGGUCUCAGAUGCACUCUCCAUGGGAUGGGAAGAGCAGAAGGCAGCCUCUCUCCAUGACUCCCUGGUUCUCCAGCAGGAGCAGAUAGGGAGAAGGGAACCAAACCCAAUGGACCAAGGGGCUCAUCUAAUUGUCUAUCCCUAUCCAACCAAUCCCAACCAGUCAUCCAGCAUCCAACUUUGCUCACCCAAAACGAAUGAGAUGGAUCUGGAUCUGACCACUAACACAGCCCACCCUCCAGCCCACUCGCCAACCUCUGUAAUCAGUCAAUCCUAUGCUGAAGACUUGGCCCGAGCUGUGGUGAGGUGUUGUGUAAUGGAAGCCUCCAGGAAGCAGUGUAUGUAGCUCUCUCCAGGGUUGCAUCCCAAAUUACACCCUUAUCCCUGUAUGGUGGACUACUUUUGACCAGAUCCCUUCAACAUGCAUACUAUAAACAGACCAAUCUCAUCUCGUCUCCUCUUAUUAUCUUUGGUUGAUGAAAAAAAACAAGCAUGGUGGAGCACACAAACUACCCAUCAUCGGAUUACUUUCGAUAUCUAGAAAGUGUUUUACUCAAUUAUUUCGCUCACCAAUGAUGUGAUUAAUUAUAAAUAGUAAUUGCUAUUAGCUCAUUCAUAUUGUAGUUUCUGUAAGCCGAGAGUUAUAAAAAUAUGACCGCUUGUAAUAUAUCAAUCUUUCCUCAGAUAGCGCUAGGACAAAUGUAGUUUACAUUUUUCCGGUUUGGAUGAUUGUGUUAUGCUGUAGCUACUUCUGUGAAUGUCUGAAUAUUGCAUCCAAAAAUAAACUGUUCCCAUUCUGGACAUAACUUUGUAAGGACUCUGUUUGUGCAAAUUGUUUCUGAAAAAACUGUGGCCAGCUCAAAUUCUGAUUGUUGCGUCAUUUGAUAUUGAACGUUCUAAAUACGUGUUCUAAUCACAACGGUUUGAUUGUAUGCUGCAGGGACUGCUGGAAAGGUUAAU